AUGGGUGGAGGAGGCUCGAAACCGAAAAACGAAGCGGCGCAACUCUUCUUCGACCGCAUCAAGGCGCAGUACGAUGUCGGCAAGGACACCAAGGGACUGCCCAAGCCAGACGCCUCGUUCAAGGCAUUGGCUUCAGCGCUCUGCGCCAUUCCUCGCGACGACGAACACGCCGUCAUCAGCAUUUGCAAGAAGCCCGUCAACGAAACCAUCGUGGCUGCACUCACCAAGGCAUUCGUGCGAAACCGAGCCAUCGAAGGACUGCUCUUCUCCAAGUGUGAAAUGAAGGACAACGCACUGGCUGCACUGUUCCAACUCAUCUUUUCAAACAUUCGGAUUGCCUUCUUUGACCUGUCACAAACGAGCUUAUCGAGCGAGCAGCUCACUUCCCUCUGCGAGAGCCUGCUCGCGAACGAGUUUCUCCAGAGUGUCGGCAUGGUUGGCCUUGGUAUCACGGACGCAGAGGUGGAGCCCGUUCUCAACCUGCUGCGCAAAACACGCACCCUGCGUGCAAUCGAUCUCUCCGACAACUUGUUCACCGCAAAGACACUGGAAACGCUCGUUGAUAUUGUAGCAGCGAACGCGACCAUAUGUCGCCUCACGCUUCGUGGAUACAUCAUUCCAGCACCGCUGCAGCGACGGCUGUCCGAUCUUCUUGACCGCAACACGGCCGUCACCCAAGUGCUCGAUGAAAUUCUCGAUAAUUCCUGCAAACGCAACUUUAGCACCCGUCUUUCUGCCUUCCGCCGAUCUGUCUUCCUCCGGCGAGGAGAAGAGGAACCGCAAGAGGGCGGAGUUGAAGACGCCGCUGCACCAACGUAUAAGCUCUACCGUUCAUCAACUGUGCUGAAUGACAAGUUUGUGCACAUUGUAUCCGAGCGGUUUGCCGUGUCUUUUGGCGAAUCGAAAGGCCGAAGAAGCGAAAUGCAAGAUGUGCUCUUUGUUCAAGGCCGAUAUCGUGGCGAGGUCGAUCAAGAUUUUUUUGCAGUGUAUGACGGGCACGGCGGACGAGAGCCGGCUGCGUAUUGCGCCAAGCAUUUGCAUUUACUAAUUGCCACAGAAAUGGAAAAGAUCCCUGCUGGGGGCAUUCCUGCCGCUUUCAAGGCUGCUUUUGCAGAAUGCAAUCGACGGUUAUCUGCAUUCUGCAGCAUUCAAGGCACCACCGCGACCUGUCUGUACAUUUCGCCAGAGAAAACCUUUUAUUUGGGCCACGUCGGUGACUCGCGCGCCGUCUUUGCCACGCGCAGUGCGUCCGCGCCAAGCCAUGCCGUCAAGCUGUCGGAAGACGACACCAAAGCCUUCCAAGAUGCAGGUGUUGUGCAACUGACGCGAGACCACAAUCUCAAGGACGAGGACGAGCGGGCAGCUGUUGCAGCGCGCGGCUGCACCAACUUUGCCAACAACCGCGUGAACGGGCAGCUCACGCUUACGCGUGCCUUGGGUGAUUCCAACUUGUCUUCGUACUUGUCCUGUGAACCCGACGUGUACGAGCAUGCCCUCAUUCAAGAGGACGAGUUUGUCAUUCUCGCCUCUGACGGCAUCUGGGACGUGGUGACGCCGGUUCGAGCAGUCGAGUUUGUGCGCGAAAAGCUGGCUUCCGCCCCUCUCGACGGCAUUGCGCAGCAGCUGGUCGAUCUUGCCUUUGAAUCCAAUAGCAUGGACAAUCUUUCUGCCAUCAUUGUCUUUUUGCGUGCGCCAAGCAGCACCAAGCGCGCCGAGCCAGCCGAGCCAGCUGAGGCUGGAUCUGCUGCCGCCGCCACAGUCGACGCGACGGCUGACCCAGCCACGCCAACCACGCCAACCACGCCAACGCCCAAGACUCCUUCCAGGCAUUCUGUUGGGUUUCUCUGA